GAUAAUUAUGAUGUAAUCAUAGUCUGUUUAUUUGCGAAGUCCGUUAGAAUUCCCGAAUGAGGAAAAUUUGACAACAAUCAGAGGCAAUGGCGGAGUCGGUUGUAGUUAGGUUUUCAAGUGAAAAUAUUGGUGCUCGAAUUGAGGACGGUAGCAAUAACGCAGUAGACGAGCUUGAUGGUGAAACCAAGUCUUCUGCGUUUGGGAUCUAUCACACAGUUUGUAUUGCGCUGUCAAUCAUUACUUACGUCGUUGAUGUCGCAUUAGAUUGUUGGCUGGCAAAUUUCUACCAUGUCCACAGGCAAGGGGCGUAUUUUGCGUUAACUGUAACGUUCAUCGUGUUUUCUGCACUUGUUACAACAGCCUUUAGUAUGAGAUGGUACAUCAUGGACGCAGAUGAGCCUUCGCUCCCCAAGCCCCCGCUGUGGAAGUGGGUCCUGAGAAUAAUAUUACUGAUGCUGCAGUUGGCACCCCUACUAAGGUACUGCGACACGCUGUCGUACGGCCUGCAGAGCGCGGCGGCGGGGCGCAUGGGCGACAGGAAGCGGCAGCAGAAGCUGUACCGCAAGAUGCUGGACGAGGACUCCGACGCGGCGCUGCUGCGGCUGUUCCACUGCUUCCUGCACGCGGCGCCCCAGGCCGUGCUGCAGCUCAUGAUCCUCAUCUUCCACGCCAACCAGCAGAGGGCGUCGUCCCUGCAAGCCCUGCAAGGCUGGGCUGUGAUCUGCUCCCUGCUGUCCGUGGCGUGGUCGCUCACGUCGUACCACCGCUCCGUGCGCUUCGCGCGGGACGACAAGGAGAAGCUGUCGUGGCAGGGGGCGCUCAUGCAGUUCUGCUGGCACCUCAUGAGCACGGUGUCCCGGGUGCUGGCGCUGAGCCUGCUGGCGUCGCUGUUCCCCGCCUGGAUGGGCGCGCUGUGCCUCGUGCACUGGGGCUUCAUGUCGCUGUGGCUGGCCGUGGGGCGCCACCAGACGGCCGUGUGCACCAGCCGCUGCGAGGAGGUGCUGUUCAGCGCCGUGCUGGGGCUGGCCUACGUGCUGGCGUUCAUCUCGCCGCGCGACGGGCCCACCCGCUACGCCUACCUCGCCUACUACCUCGUGUUCUUCCUGGAGAACACCGGCGCUCUGGUCGUCUGGUGCGUGGCCAGCAGCUCCGUGCCCAACCCGUUCCUGUACUACGGUGCGGUGGUGGCGCAGGUGUCAGCGUUCCUGCUGGCGCUGGCGUUCAUGCUGGCCUACUACCGCCACUUCCACCCCAGCGGCACCGCCACCUUCAUCCGCAAGAGCGUGGACUUCUCGGAGCCGGAGCACGGCAAGCAGUGCUCCCCCUCCCUCUGAGCCCCGGCGAGCACGGCCUGCCGGGGUUCGUACCAGUUGUUGCCUUGCGGAGUUGCUCGGCUUCUGGGUUCCAGCCGCUUUCAAGGCGAAUGUUUCACAAGACGUUUCCGGUCGACCUUGCGGUCGUCGUUUUCGCCUUUGACGGAAGCCGAGUAACGGUUGGUCGUGAGAGCCCGCAAUCCGUAUUAGUCUCUGCUUUUUUUUUUUCGCCUUCACUUUGCUAACACAUGAUUCAGCCCAUUAUCUUUGGUUACAAACUUCUUGAUAACGGAAGUACUUGCUAUUGUAACUAAAUGUAGUCCCUUUUUUGCAGUGAUCUGAAAAACGUGUUUUUUAACGUGAGAAAUCCUGAAAAGAUAGGUACUUCGUAAUGAGAUCCCGCUGUUCAUUGAUUA